AAGUGAACGUCACUGACACGGGGAAUGGGACUGAGAAGGAAGAAAAAAAAACCCAGAGCAUCGUGAUGAGGAGAACGUUAAAUCCACUCGUGUAAAGGAAACACGAACCCCCCCCCCCCUCCUGAUAAAAUACAAUAAAAAAAGGAUGACUUGUGUCCGCGCUGGAGUCGACGCAUCAGGAAGGGCCCCGGUGCGUUGCUAGAUGGAGUCGGAGCAGCUGUACCACCGCGGCUACUGCAGGAACAGCUACAACAGCAUCGCCAGCGCCAGCAGCGACGAGGAGCUGCUGGAUGGCGCCGGCGUCGCCAUGGACUUCCACACCACCGAGGACGACAACCUGCUGGAUGGGGACGCUGCCUCCCCAGGGUCUAACUACGUCAUGACUAACGGGGGCGGGGCGCCCAGCACCACCACCCACCUGCUGGACUUCCUGGAGGAGCCCAUCCCUGGUGUGGGGACCUACGACGACUUCCACACCAUCGACUGGGUCCGCGAGAAGUGCAAGGACCGGGAGAGGCACCGGAAGAUCAACAGUAAGAAAAAGGAGUCGGCAUGGGAGUUCACAAAGAGCCUCUACGACGCCUGGUCCGGGUGGCUGGUGGUGACGCUCACCGGCUUGGCCUCAGGUGCUCUGGCCGGCCUGAUUGACAUCGCCGCCGAUUGGUUGAACGACCUGAAGGAGGGCGUGUGCCUGAGCGCCAUGUGGUUCAACCACGAGCAGUGCUGCUGGACGUCCAAUGAGACCACCUUCGCCGAGCGGGACAAGUGCCCCCAGUGGAAGAGCUGGGCCGAGCUGAUCCUGGGGCAGGCCGAGGGCCCCGGCUCGUACAUCAUGAACUACUUCAUGUACAUCUACUGGGCUCUGUCCUUCGCCUUCCUGGCCGUCUGCCUGGUCAAGGUGUUUGCUCCCUACGCCUGCGGCUCGGGGAUCCCCGAGAUCAAAACCAUCCUGAGCGGCUUCAUCAUCCGGGGCUACCUGGGCAAGUGGACCCUGAUGAUCAAGACGGUCACCCUGGUGCUGGCGGUGGCGUCGGGCCUGAGCCUGGGGAAGGAGGGCCCGCUGGUCCACGUGGCCUGCUGCUGUGGCAACAUCUUCUCCUACCUCUUCCCCAAGUACAGCAAGAACGAGGCCAAGAAACGAGAGGUUCUGUCGGCUGCGUCGGCCGCCGGGGUGUCGGUGGCUUUCGGAGCGCCGAUCGGAGGAGUCCUGUUCAGCCUGGAGGAGGUGAGCUACUACUUCCCCCUCAAGACGCUGUGGCGCUCCUUCUUCGCCGCCCUGGUGGCGGCCUUCGUCCUGCGCUCCAUCAACCCGUUUGGAAACAGCCGCCUGGUGCUGUUCUACGUGGAGUACCACACGCCGUGGUACCUGUUCGAGCUCAUCCCCUUCAUCCUGCUGGGGGUGUUCGGGGGCCUCUGGGGCGCCUUCUUUAUCCGAGCCAACAUCGCCUGGUGCCGCCGCCGCAAGUCCACGCGUUUCGGCAAGUACCCGGUGUUGGAGGUGAUCCUGGUGGCGGCCAUCACGGCCGUGGUCGCCUUCCCGAACCCGUACACCCGGCAGAACACCAGCGAGCUGAUCAAGGAGCUGUUCACGGACUGCGGGCCGCUGGAGUCCUCCCAGCUGUGCCAGUACCGCAGCCAGAUGAACGGCAGCAAGGCCUUCAGCGACAACCCCAGCCGCCCGGGGGGGCCCGACGUCUACGCCCCCAUGUGGCAGCUGUGCCUGGCGCUCAUCUUCAAGAUCAUCAUGACCAUCUUCACCUUCGGACUCAAGGUGCCGUCGGGUUUGUUCAUCCCCAGCAUGGCCAUCGGGGCGAUCGCCGGGCGGAUCGUGGGCAUCGCCGUGGAGCAGCUGGCCUACUACCACCACGACUGGUUCCUGUUCCGAGAGUGGUGCGAGGUGGGAGCGGACUGCAUCACCCCGGGGCUCUACGCCAUGGUGGGGGCGGCGGCGUGCCUGGGCGGCGUGACCCGCAUGACCGUCUCCCUGGUGGUCAUCGUGUUCGAGCUGACGGGCGGCCUGGAGUACAUCGUCCCGCUGAUGGCCGCCGUCAUGACCAGCAAGUGGGUGGGCGACGCCUUCGGCCGCGAGGGGAUCUACGAGGCCCACAUCCGUCUGAACGGGUACCCCUUCCUGGACGCCAAGGAGGAGUUCACGCACGUCACGCUGGCCCGCGAGGUGAUGCGGCCGCGGCGCAGCGACCCGCCGCUGGCGGUGCUGACGCAGGACGACCUGACGGUGGACGAGCUGCAGAGCACCAUCAACGAGACCAGCUACAACGGGUUCCCCGUGAUCGUGUCCAAGGAGUCCCAGAGGCUGGUGGGCUUCGCUCUGCGCAGGGACAUCACCAUCGCCAUAGAAAAUGCGCGGCGCAAGCAGGAGGGCAUCACGCUGAACUCCCGGGUUUACUUCACGCAGCACGCGCCCACGCUGCCCGCCGACAGCCCCCGCCCCCUCAAGCUGCGCUCCAUCCUGGACAUGAGCCCCUUCACGGUCACCGACCACACGCCCAUGGAGAUCGUGGUGGACAUCUUCCGGAAGAUGGGGCUGCGCCAGUGUCUGGUCACUCACAACGGGAUUGUUUUGGGCAUCAUCACAAAGAAGAAUAUAUUAGAGCAUCUGGAGGAGCUCAAGCAGGACAAGGAGCCCCUGGCGGCUCCUUGGCAUUAUCACAAAAAAAGACAUCCUGCGUCACAUGGCUCAAAUGGCAAACCUAGAUCCCGAGUCCAUCAUGUUCAACUGAUCCGCUCCUUCCAGGACGGCAGGGUGGGGGGGGGAGGAAGAGGAGGAGGAGGAGGAGGAGGAAGAGGAGACGACGACAGCGAGGAGGAGGUGCACCUCCUGGACGGCUCCAAUCUCUGAUAUUCGGACCCCGUUUUCUUUUUUGGUUUUAGUUUUCAGCUUUGUAGGCUGUGAAGCCCUCCCCCCCACCCCCCCCGCCCCAGAGACUUAAGGGCAUAACGGACAUGAAGACUGGUGGACACACGGAGGUCACGAGGACCGAGGAAUGCACUUUGUACACAUAAACACACGUAGAAGAUCACUAAAAACACCCCGUUUUGCACCCGCAGACACGCAUGCUCUCUCCACAUCCACACGCAAAGGCCCAUCUGCGCUCCUCCUGUGCCUCACCCUCGUCUCCGCUGAGCUCGUGGUAGACGCCGCCUGGCGGGGGGGGGGGGGUCAAAGGUCAGAAUGACCCGCCGGUGAGAGACGCGAUGAGGGACCUUGGAACCCUCCGAGCUUCAGUUCCCUUUCCUCCCUGCAUCACUCGCCAGGCCCGCCCCCCAGAGAAGUCCAUUGUUUACCUGUGUGUGUGUGUGUGUGUGUGUGUGUGUGUGUGUGUGUGUGUGUGUACGAGCGACAGGGUCACACAUCGACGGGUGGUGGAUUUCAAGAACAAAAAGUUCCCCGUUUGAAGGAAAAAAGUAAAUCCAUUGUGAACAUGUGAUUUCCUUUCUGAGCCAGUUUUGUGUGUGUGUGUGUGCGCGCACGUGAAGCAAACUACUGUGUUCUCUGUUACAGGAAACAAAAUGUAUCAAAAAUUGAGUUUUUCUUAAACUACGCAACUCUUAAGACUUUUGGUCCUGAUGUAAUCGAUUGAGUUUUUAUGGCUUGAACAAAACUAAAACUGGAAAUCUGCAAUGUUUUACGUGAGUGGUGACUUUUCUUUUCCUUCUGCAAUCUGUCCUCGUCUUCAGGGUGAAAAAACGCCUUCUUACUUUCGAGCAAGAAUCGGUGUCGGUAUAUUUUAUUCCCCUUAAUCAGAGGGACGAUUAAACACUCAAGCUGUCAAACAUCUGAUUUUCCACUCCAUGAAAAAAAAAACCAACGUAAAGAAAUGUAAAUGUAUCCAUCACACUUUGAUUAAAUGGUUGUUUCCCAAA